UUCCGGUUGACUCCCUGGAUGUAGCCUCGGCGAUAGCGUUCUUUUCCCCCCUCCCCGCCCCCUCCUCCCCUCACCUCCUCUCCCCUCCCCGGAGCCCCAGAGACUAACUCUCCCCGGGUCUGAGGAAUAGUGCCCUGGAAGUGGGAAAGUGGAUUCUGAGCUCCCCAGCCCCAUUCAGCCCAUCCCGCUGUUUUAGGGCUCCCUGACCCUGGGGCUCCUUUUUGGUCAGCUCCUGGCAAGGACCUGAUCCUGCCCUGCAAGGCCCACCAUGCCCAAGCGGAGAGUGACCUUCCGGGAUGUGGGAGCUGACGAGGACGGAGAGGAUCUCCCCAAAAAGAAGGUGAGGGCGUCAGAGGCGCGGGUUUCCAGGACACAGGAUGGAGAGGAUCCCUCCAAAAAGAAGCUGGUGGAUCCUGUGACAGGAGCAGGGGGUCCUGGGAGCCGGUUUAAAGGCAAGCAUUCUUUGGACAGUGAUGAAGAAGAUGAGGAUGAGGAUGGUUCUAGCAAGUAUGUCAUCCUAGCUUCAGAAGAUGUGGAAGGUCAGGAGGCGGCCACACUCCCAAGUGAGGGUGGUGUGCGCAUCACACCCUUCAACUUACAGGAAGAAAUGGAAGAGGGCCACUUUGAUUCAGAUGGCAACUACUUUCUGCACCGGGAUGCCCAGAUCCGGGACAGCUGGCUGGACAACAUAGACUGGGUGAAGAUCCGGGAGCGCCCUCCAGGCCAGCCCCCUGCCUCAGAAUCGGAGGAAGACAGUCCUGGCCAGACACCACUGGGCCCUCAAGCCCUCUUAGAGGGUCUCUUGGAGAUGUUGUUGCCAGGGGAGACAGUUGCUGGGGCACUCAGGCGGCUAGGUGCCAGGAAGGGUGGUAAUGGACCCCAGCGGCCAAAUUCCCCACAACGAUUAGACCGGCUCUCAGGGUUGGCUGACCAGAUGGUUGCCCGGGGUAACCACGGAGUGUACCAGGAAACCAGGGAACGGCUAGCUGUGAGGCUGAAAGCGCUGGGGGGCCCCACACCCGGGCUUCCAGACACAGCACCUCGUCCUGUUCUGGACAUGUUUGCUGAAGAGGUUGGGGAGGGGGAGCUAGAGACCCCAACCCCAGCCCAAGGAGGAGAAGCAGCUGCCAUGGGAGAUGGCUUGGCUGAUGUGAUGUGGGAAUACAAAUGGGAAAACACAAAUGAUGCAGAGCUCUAUGGGCCCUUCACCAGUGCCCAGAUGCAGACCUGGGCAGAUGAAGGCUAUUUUCCAGAUGGUGUUUAUUGUCGGAAGUUGGAUCCCCCUGAAGGCCAAUUCUACAACUCCAAACGUAUAGAUUUUGGUCUUUAUUUCUGAACCUGUUUUUAUUUUUGGGGUAGGGGAAGAGGGCUGGGGAAAGCAUUUUCCAGGCUAUGCCUUCAGGAGGAGGCCCUGGGUUUAGUCUGGAGAUUCUAUGGACCUUAAAUGGGGUGGGGAGGAUGGCACCAGAGUUGGGGGGCCAUAUCCUGUCUCAAUAAAAAUCUCUAGUUGUGUAAAAGGGCUGUCCAAUGUGGAGGGAAGGGAGUGGACGUAGUUGCACCAAGAGCCUGAUUCCCCUUUGCUCUUCAUCCUCGAGAGGUAUUGCUGCCUCAAAUUGUUCAGGAUGGACUUCUGUUCCUAAAUUACAAUAUCCUGGUCUGUGCUAGGCCUUCCUUCCCCUUUUCCCUUCUCACUUCCUUACUACCCCAGAUCAGGCUUCCCAUAAGAUCAAAGGAAUGAUCCUUACAAGGGCUCUCCAUUCAGAAAAAUCCCUGGACUUCUAUUCUGACUUUGCUACUGACCAGUGUGUGAUCAUGAGCAUAUAUAUAUAUAUAUGUAUAUGACAACUUCCUCUUCUCUGGGUCUGUGUCCACAUUGUGAACCUGGAUUUAGUACCAUGUUAAAGGAUCCCAUGAGAGUCCUGAGCUUGAGUCAGGAUACUUGGGGUUUGAAUCUUAAACUGUCAGCUAUAGAUCUGCCUAAUUCUAUCAAGUUUCUUCCCUGAGCCUCAUUUUUUUUUUUUUAAUCAUAAAAUGGGGAUAAUCAUACUACCUACCUCACAGGGUUGUUGUGAGGAAUGCACUUUGUAAACCUUAAAGUGCUUGAGAAAUGUGACUUAUUGUAACACUUUAAGAUGCUUUGUCAAGGAAAUUUUUUUUUUUCCAUUUUCUAAUUUGGGUCAGAUAUGGAAGAUUGGGGCAGAUGGAAGGGGAAAACGGGGAGGGAAGAACCUUAGGAUAUUGAAUGUUAGAUUGAAAGAGACUUCAAUGACCUAAACCAGUCCAGUUUCCUCCUUUUAUAAAUUUUUAAAAAAGCAUGCGGAGCAGGGAAAGGGUUUGCCUGAGGGUUAUUCUUGUAAGUCUUCCAGAGUUGGACUUAAUGCUUCCAGUCAGUCUACCUCAUCCUCCUCCUCCCUUGGCCAGAAAAUGGUGGUCCCCUUCUGAUUAAGGGCCUCCUGCUUUCUGAAAAUGGUGGGGUGCAAACUCCUGCCUCCUCUUCGUUUUCACCUCCAACUGUAAUAAAGCCUCAAUUAUAUCGCCGGUCAGCUAGCCCAAAACUUCUUAAACCCCAUAUGGGGUAGUUUAAUGGAACGUGGGAGUCAUGAAAUUAUAAUUUAUUAUUAGUAAAUGUUUAAUUUGUAUGUCUAUUUUAUAUACCUAUAUACCUGGGGUUUUAUAAAAAUUUCUGAGGCAAAUAAAUGAAUUUCUCAAGUUAUGAAUGGAAAAAAGUUUAAGAAGUCCUGAGCUAGCCCAGUAGGUUGCAUUCAGUCAGCUAACAUGAAGUGAAGCAAGCAGUCUUUGCCUUAAAAGAGCUUACAUUCUUCUGGGGGAUACAACAUUACACAAAUAAAUACACUUUCUAUACAGUGUAAUUGGGAAGGAUGAGGAGUUGGUACCUGAGCUCAGCCAUAAACAGUAGGGUUCCAGAAGUUAGAAGCAAGCACGAGAAUGUCCUAGGUGUGCAAGUGUAAGACGGAUUAUGUUUGGGGAAUGGCAAAUAGGAAUAGUGAGUAUGGAAGGUUAGUCUGGGGCCAAAAUGUUGGAUAGAGGGGUUUGCUUUAUCUAAUAAAGAAUAGAGAACCAUUGUAGCAUCACAAACAGGAAUGAAAAACAUAAUCUACGAUGUCUUUAGGAAGAUUACUUUGAUAGCUCUAUGGGAGUAGAAGGGUGUUAAUUGGUGAGGGGAGAGAUCCGGAAGCAAGGAAACCAAUUUGGAGGCUAUUUCUAUAAAGGUGAAAGGGCAUGGAAGCCUGAGCUAGAAAUAUGGAUCAAUGUGGAAAGGCUGACAAAACCUUAAAAUCAAUUGAAUGUUGGGGUGGAGAGUGAGUGGCAAGUGGUACAUGAUGAUUCCAAGAUUGAUAAGCUGGAAAGGUUAUCAUCAACACUACUCUGUAUUUACCCCUCCAAAAAAAAAGUUUCUGAUCAUCUCUGAUGAUGCCUGAAAUUUCACCAUUGUUGGUACUUUCCUCUAUUUUUUAUUUAUUUUUGUUUCAUUUAUUCCACUUUUUAAAGGACCUCUUUGCAGUAUUUCCUCACAUUCACCUCCAUAUAUAAAGUUGUUAUAAGUGUUCUGCUCCCAUUGGACUCCCAUGGUCCUCUUCAAGAACUAAAGACAAAAAAAACCUUUGUGAGUAGGAGUAGGAAUGGCUCCACUGAUGACCUAACUGGCACUGGCAAUUGGCAGUACAGCUCUUUUCCUUCUUUUCUCUUUUUUUAUGUCUUUCUUAUUUAAUUGUAAUUACUGAUUAGGUGUUGCUUCAAUCAAACUGAAAUCUGUUAAAGACUUUAACUUAAAAACACCAGAGUGUCUCACUAUCCAGGGACAUUUCUAGUUAUCCUGAUUUAUAUCUUGCCACCAGACUCAGAAUGGCUCUGGAGGAAAAAAUGAAGCUGGUGAUUUUGUGUAGCCCUCAUUUAAAAAUUCAGUUCAUUUCAUGUCAUGGCAUCUCCCUGAUUUUAUGAUCAUCUUCAAGAAUGAAGGACAAACAACAAUAAGUACCUUAGGGCCUCAGGUUCAGACUUUGGACUUAAACACAGUGUU